UGUUUGACAACCAUCACUGACAGCAGUGACAAAUUAAAAAUUUCUAUAAAAUCCGUGUUUGCAAAAGUUUUGCAAAUUUAUUAAAAAAGAAUAUUUUAAAUAACACGGUUUUUAUUUGUUCAUAUCUUUGUUUUAAAAAUGGCUCGACGUUAUGAUUCUCGUACUACCAUCUUUUCCCCAGAAGGUCGCCUCUACCAAGUGGAGUAUGCGAUGGAAGCUAUCUCCCAUGCUGGUACAUGUCUUGGCAUUUUAGCCGAAGAUGGUAUCCUCCUUGCUGCCGAACGUCGUAACACCAACAAGCUUCUUGACAGCGCUAUUUUCUCAGAAAAGAUUUACAAGCUUAACAAUGAUAUGGCAUGUUCUGUUGCUGGUAUCACCUCCGACGCCAAUGUCCUCACAAAUGAAUUGAGAGUAAUUGCUCAGCGUUACCAAUUCAAUUAUGGCGAGUCGAUGCCAUGCGAACAGUUGGUUUCUUACUUGUGUGACAUUAAACAAGCCUACACCCAAUACGGAGGCAAGCGUCCAUUUGGUGUGUCAAUUCUUUACAUGGGCUGGGACAAACACUACGGCUAUCAGCUAUAUCAAUCCGAUCCCAGUGGAAAUUAUGGUGGCUGGAAGGCAACUUGUAUUGGAAAUAACUUUGGAGCUGCUGUGUCAAUGUUGAAACAGGAACUUAGCGAAAACGACAAAGUUACUUUGUCGAGUGCACAAGAUCUGGCUGUAAAGGUUUUGAGUAAAACUCUAGACACUAACAAGUUGACGUCUGAGAAAGUUGAAAUGGCCACUCUGACACGAGUAAAUGGCAAAACUGUGAUUAAGAUUCUCACAAAUGCCGAAGUGGAAGUUCUGAUUCAAAAAUAUCAGAAACUUGAAGCUGAAUUAGAAGCAGCUAAGAAGGAGAAACAAGCUGCUCAGAAAUCCUAAGCCACAAACAUAUUUCACAAAGUGUAAAAGUCUGGAUUAAGGGAUGAGGGUGAAUUUCCAUUAAAACAUUUCUGUUUUCUUUUUUUUUUUUAAUAAUUCUAUUGUAAUGCUUUGAUAUCGUUUUCCCAAAACGCAUUUGAAUAAAAAUAAAAUUAAUAAGAAA